GUUUUAGUGAAGGAAUGCGUUGUUAUGACUGAACGCCUAAACCAGUGAUCGAGUGAUCCAUUGCUCGACUCAGACAUCGAUUUGUGUCCUAAUCUUUGAAUCCAAUCCAUUGUCCAAACCAUUCACACCAUUGAUACGAGACAUGUCUUCCACUAAUAAACACAUCAACGAUGAGUCAAUUGGUGCCAAAAGUGAUGCUCACGUCAGACAAGAAUCUCGAGUCGAUUCUCGUCGCGAAGAAUACGAAGGAAAACAGGGAACAAGUGGUGAGUGGAAGAACUCCCACCACAAGAGUCAGAUCCCGAGGUAUACGCCAUCGACUCGCGAACGAAGACAUUCGGAGAACUCGUCGGCGGCGAUGACGGGGAAGAGAGGCGAGUGGAACGGAUCCGUCAAUUGUCACAGCGGUUGUCACAUCCAUGGCAUCCGUUCGCCAACUAAUAUGCUUUUCUAUGAGAUGUUGCAGACUAUGAGUCUGACUGACCGACAAGUUCCCGAUCAGAUCCGUGCCAUCCAUAAGAACCACGUCUGCAGUAAUGUCGGCAAAAGCCGUUCCGUUCCCACAUCUAAGAUGCCAUCUUCUAUGACCACUCCAUUGUCCACUCCAUCCACUCCUACGGACUCGCGAAGAAUGCCUUUCCAUCGAAAUACGUCGAGUCAGACGUCCUCUCCUUCUCGAGAAACCAAGACUUCGUUCUCUACGACUCGACACACAAACCAAAGACCAUUUGCCGAAUACAUGCCUUUAUGUGAACUUCAAAAAGGGCUUCAAAAGGGAGAUAUCAUUGAAGGAGUCUUACGUAUAAACCCUCGCAAUUAUACGGACGCCUACAUAAGCGCACCG